GACACACUGGUCACUCUGUCUUCUGAUUCUUAGGUUCCAGUCGCGGCGUGUUGGUUUUAUUUUGUUGCAACAAUUUUCUCUCACUUCACCCGGUAAAACAAAGUAUAAAAAGCCAUGGCUUCAAUUAGCUUGCUGAACCCCAAGGCCGAAUUCGCCCGCGCCGCCCAGGCUCUGGCCAUCAACAUCAGUGCCGCCAAGGGUCUCCAGGAUGUGAUGCGCACCAAUCUGGGUCCCAAGGGCACAGUGAAGAUGCUGGUCUCCGGCGCCGGCGACAUCAAGAUCACCAAGGACGGCAACGUUCUGCUGCACGAGAUGCAGAUCCAGCAUCCCACUGCUUCCAUGAUCGCCCGGGCCAGUACCGCUCAGGAUGACGCCACCGGCGAUGGCACCACCACCACCGUCAUGCUGAUCGGAGAGCUGCUGAAGCAGGCUGACAUCUACCUGUCCGAGGGCCUGCAUCCGCGCAUCAUGACCGAGGGCUUCGAGAAGGCCCGCGACAAGGCGCUGGAGGUCCUGGACAAGGUGAAGGUGCCGGUGGAGAUCAACAAGAAGAACCUGGUGGAGAUUGCCAACACCAGUCUGAAGACCAAGGUGCACCCGGCGCUGGCCGACCUCCUCACCGACGUCUGCGUGGACGCCGUGCUGACCAUCGCCAGUGACAAGACCAAGCCCGUGGACCUGCACAUGGUGGAGCUGAUGGAGAUGCAGCACAAGACCGACACCGACACACAGCUGGUGCGCGGUCUGGUCAUGGAUCACGGUGCUCGCCACCCCGACAUGCCAAAGCGUCUGGAGAACGCCUACAUCCUGACCGCCAACGUGUCGCUGGAGUACGAGAAGGCCGAGGUGAACUCUGGAUUCUUCUACAAGACCGCCGAGGAGCGGGAGGCGUUUGUGCGCGCCGAGCGCGAAUUCAUCGACCAGCGCGUCAAGAAGGUCAUCGAACUGAAGCGCUCCGUGUGCGACGGCACCGACAAGACCUUCGUCCUGAUCAACCAGAAGGGCAUUGAUCCCAUCUCCCUGGACGCCCUGGCCAAGGAGGGCAUUCUGGCCCUGCGUCGUGCCAAGCGCCGCAACAUGGAGCGCCUGGCUCUGGCCUGCGGCGGCACUGCCAUGAACUCGUUCGACGACCUCCAGGAGGAGAACCUCGGCUAUGCUGGCGUUGUCUACGAGCAUGUGCUCGGCGAGAACAAGUACACCUUCGUGGAGGACUGCAAGAACCCGCUGUCCGUGACUAUCCUGAUCAAGGGCCCCAACAAGCACACCAUCACCCAGAUCAAGGACGCCAUCCGCGAUGGUCUGCGGGCCAUCAACAACACCAUUGCCGACAAGGCUCUGGUGCCCGGUGCCGGUUCCUUUGAGGUUCGUGCCUACAACGAGCUGGUUGCCUUCAAGGACACCAUCAAGGGCAAGUCCCGACUGGCCGUGCAGGCCUUCGCCGACGCCCUGCUGGUCAUUCCAAAGACGCUGGCCGUCAACAGCGGCUACGAUGCCCAGGACACGAUCGUCAAGCUAACGGUGGAGGAUCGCUUGAAUCCGGAUCUGGUCGGCCUGGACCUGGCCACCGGGGAGCCGAUGAAGCCAGUGGAUCUCGGUGUCUAUGACAACUACAUUGUGAAGAAGCAGAUCCUGAACUCGUGCUCCAUCAUUGCCAGCAACCUCCUGCUCGUCGACGAGGUGAUGCGUGCGGGCAUGACGAGCCUCAAGGGCUAGUCCUAGUAUCCUUUCGCCAUCAUCUGGAUCCAAAUACGUUAACCAAGUUAAUCCACCCGCGCCUAAUCCUCUCCACAUCGGAAUUGUUUGAAAGUAUUCACAAACAAACACACAAAACUCACGCAUUACUUAAACGCUAAUGUAUUUCUCUAUUUUUUUACUUUCUACUAAAUGAUUACUUACUAAAAACCAUUGGUUUAAAAAUAAAUGCUAAUUGCGAACUGCAAACUAUAAAGUA